AUGCCAUCGUGGAUGGAUGGAGGUCAAAAUGAGAAAGAAGAGAGGCAGCGCAUCAAGUUUGCUGUGAAGAAGAAUUUUAAGCGACAAAAGAAAGCUCAGGCACGUCAACUGAGAGGUCAUAAGCAAACCACGCGAAGACAAGCAAAGUCUACUGCAGAGGGUCUACAACACAGCGGGACAGUGAGCGUCAAUUCAGGCUCGGCGACAAGAUCAACUCCUCAAUCCUUGCAAAGUCGGAUCCUGUCGGGACAAUCAUUCACAGAACCCCUCCAGUACGACGAAGCCAGUCUUCUGAUGCACUACCUCGAUCAUGUAUUUCCUUACCAAUACCCCUGUUAUGAUAAAGCAAAAUGGUCCCGUGGCUGGCUUCUUUGGCUGCUGAGCCGGAACGGGCCUCUUUAUCGAGCUUCAUUGGGUCUCGCUGCGUUCCACCAGCGCUCUUUGACAGGCGAAGCAAACAACGACCGUCUUGAGCUCGAGUUUCAUACCAAAGCGGUCAGACAGCUUCAUGACUUUCUGACGUCUAUGAACAUUACUGCGCUUGAGCCUGAGAAUGAGACUCUGGUUGAAAUCAUCACCUGUGGUGUAGCUCUGAUCAGCUUUGAAGUACUUCGAGGAAGCACGGCAGACUGGCAAUCACAUCUAUGCGCAAUGGCUUCUAUCGCAGUCACAAUGCAUCACCAGCCUCAACUUCCGAAGUCGCCAGAUCAACUUGUUGGGAGCAGAGGUAUUGCCGCUAUCGAGUUCCACAUUCCUGUUCUGCUUUGGAUGGAUCUACUAGCAUGUGUAGCGACACAAGAAAAGCCAAAGCUUCCAUACGAUCAGUGGUUAGGACCUAAUUGUACCUUCCAGCUAGGAGAUAUAAUGGGCUGUCACAACCCGGUCAUGAAGGCUAUUGGGGACUUGGCAGUUUUGAGUCAGUGGAAGUUGAAUUUUGUUACCGGUGAUCUUGGCCACAGCGAAUUCAACCUCAGAGCACGACAAAUUGAAGAUAGUCUAGAGAACGUCAUGGAUACGACACCAAUGAAACCUUCUGGAUCAGAGCAGCAACCCAAUCAGAACAGUGUCACUCGAAUAUUUGCUACGGCAACGUUAGCCCAACUCGCUUCUUUGAGCUCAAACGCUCCAGAUGCUAUCGCUUCAAGUCGAGUAAGGCGAGCUGUAAGCCGUGUGGUCCUUGAGAUCCAAAUGGCUGGUCAAACAGUCACUCCCCGGCAACUGAGCUGGCCUCUAUGCGUUGCUGGGUGUCUAGCCGACCAGGAUCAGCAGGGCUUUUUUGAAGCGUUCCUGAAUCCUGUAGUAUCUGAAGGAAGUGGCAUGAUAGGGAACUGUGGCACUAUCCGAAAUAUCCUGAAAGCUUGUUGGGCGAAUAAGAUCGAGAGGCCGAACGAAAGGUGGGACUGCAGUAGUACUAUGAAGCAGAUGGGUAUACAUGCACUUUUGAUAUAA